UUGUCGGAGCCGUUCUACGACAUGCUGCAUGGUCACGACGGAGGAACCGACACACGCGGAUACCGGAUAUCUUCGACGCGCUCGUGCUGCGGCGGAGCUCUGAUUGCGUCGCGGGACCGGCGGAGGCUGCUGCGCGCGACGGCGCCGGUUUGCGGGCUCGGGAAGACGCGUGCCAUGCGGAUGAUUCGGGACGCAAGACGCAUAUGAAAAACCCUUACCGACUGUCCACACCGAUGAGCUCUGCCAUGCGACGGCGAUGGUUUGUGGUGCUGCUGGUGCAGGCAUGGCUCUCUGCGAGUUUUUCUAACGGUGAGCGGCCAUGCCCACGGAGCUGCCGCUGCGAUGGCAAGAUCGUUUACUGCGAGUCCAGUGCGUUCCGCGACGUGCCAAAAAACCUGUCUGGUGGCUGUCAGGGCUUGUCUCUGCGCUACAACAGCUUGGCAAGCUUGCGUGCUGGCCAGUUUGUUGGCCUCAACCAGCUCAUUUGGCUCUAUCUUGACCACAACUACAUUGCAACCGUGGACGCUCGUGCCUUUCAAGGAAUAAGGAGGCUCAAAGAGCUAAUCCUGAGCUCCAAUAAAAUCACGCUCUUGCAUAAUACCACAUUCCACCUGGUACCAAAUCUGAGGAACCUUGACCUAUCCUACAACAAACUGCAGGCUCUGCAGCCAGGUCAGUUCCAAGGACUGCGCAAACUCAUCAGUUUGCACAUGCGCUCCAACUCUUUGAAGAAUCUACCAUCUCGCCUGUUUCAGGAUUGCCGCAAUCUUGAAUUCCUCGACCUUGGCUAUAAUCGUCUGCGCAGCAUCACACGUAACGCGAUGUCGGGGCUUGUGAAGCUGACGGAACUCCAUCUCGAGCAUAAUCAGUUCUCCAAAAUAAACUUUUCCAACUUCCCCCGGCUUUAUAACCUCCGCGCUCUUUACCUGCAGUGGAAUCGCAUCCGGACCAUGAGCGAGGGACUUACGUGGACCUGGAGUUCUCUACAGAAGUUGGACCUUUCAGGGAAUGACCUACAGGAGCUGGAGCCAGAGGUCUACAAAUGCAUGCCGAACUUGCAGACACUUAAUGUGGAUUCCAACAAGCUGGUUAACGUCUCUCAGGAAGUUGUGUCGGCUUGGAUUUCCCUGAGCAUGAUCAGCCUAGCUGGAAACAUGUGGGACUGUGGACCUGUCGUCUGCCCCCUAGUAGCUUGGCUGAAAAAUUUUCAAGGGAACAAGGAGACUCCCAUGAUUUGCGCCUCACCCAAAGAGGUUCAAGGUGAGAAAGUCUUGGAUGCGGUGGAGGCAAGUGGUGUGUGCAAGGUCAGUCAUGUUACUCCCUCAUUUGCUAGUUCUACAACUACCCUUUCUGGUGCCCCUGCUCUGAAUGCAGCCCUUCCCUUUUCUCCCACACUUCAUUCCGGAGGUAGCAGAAGGGGCCAGGGCACCUCCUUGCACCAUCCCACCCCUUCAAGACCACCACAGUCUGAUGUCUCUCAACCCGAGCAAGAUUUUGAGCCAGUGUCUUUCCACAAGAUAGUGGCAGGGAGCGUUGCACUGUUUUUAUCCGUCGCAAUGAUUCUGCUUGUGAUUUACGUGUCUUGGAAGCGCUAUCCGAGCAGUGUCAAGCAGCUGCAGGAAAACACUUCAGCUGCCCGCAAACGUCGAAAAAAGUCUAGGGAGACUGAACGUACGCUCAGCACCCCCUUGCAGGAGUACUAUGUGGACUACAAACCUUCAAGCUCCGAGGCCACAGAUGUUCUGGUCAAUGGAACAGGGCCAUGCACAUACUCCAUAUCCGGUUCCAGAGAAUGUGAGGUUCCUCACCAGAUGAGCGCUCUGACCUUCUAUCGCUAUGAACAGCCCGUUCUGGACUACUGCCAAGCCCAUCAGCCGAUGCGCCUCAACGUGAACUAUGAUUGCCCGCCUCAGGGUCUUGAUGAUCUGCCACCACGUGACAGGGGCACCAUUCAGACCGUGGCUCUGCCAGCUGUUCCACCCUCCAGCUCACCUCCUACCCUGAGAACACCCAUACAAGGCCCAGGUGUUUCUUACCCAAGCACGGAGCGCUCCAUAAAGUACCCGUCCAUCGAGCGGCCUACUAGCACCCUCACCUUUGGACGCUAGCACUCACGGGAUGCUAAAGCGAAUUCUAUAGGAUGGUAACGACUCUUUGAGUAGUUAGAGCCUUUGGAAAAGCUAACAUUUUCAGAAGGAAUUUCACUCCACAUACGGAUCUAACUUUACGUGGAUGGAUUCUUCUUCUGGUGAACUUUUUUUUUUUUUCUGAAAAAAAGAAGAGAGAAGGAUCUAUAAAAGACCCAACCAAGGACUCGCAACUCAGAUGUUCAAUACACGCUCCAUGACAGUGAGCUCUAUGUACAGGGAGAUGGGAUUUCAUUUGUGGUUUUUUUUUUGUUGUUGUCCUUUUUUUUUUUUUUAUUCUUUUUUUCAACACAAACGCUGCUCUUCUGAGUCUCGUUCAAUGGAAAAUUGAAACUCAAUACAGCACGCGUGGCGCGUUAAAUGGCACUUUAGUUGCUGUUCUAUGUCCUUUUCGUGCCAAACACGACGGGACGUUGCCUUUGAAAAGCUGAUAAUGGUGAUUCACUCACGCUGUGUCGAGAAUGAAACAGAACGUGCAAUAAACAAGUUUCGUAGUGGGAGGAAAAAGGGGGGAACAGGUGCGGAGACAAAAUAUGGCCUACAUGUAAGAGAAGGAAUGAAACAAGUUAAAGUUUAACAGCCCUCAAAGACAUCUCGCUGUUAUUUUCAGCUACAUUUCCAGACAGCGGUUAUACACGGUGUCAGCGAUUGAUCUUUGAAAGAGAUCAGGAUGUCCCGUUUGGACGUAAUCCUUUCAGAGAACAAGACGCUCUGCAGUAUCUGUUGAUACUAUCAGAAAGUUUCCAGUGCAGAUUUCAGUGCAGACCUCCUGAGAUGUGCACAUGUACCAAAGAUUAAGCGUUCUCUGAGAUGUACAGUACACACCGCAUCAGAUCCUCUUGUGGUACCAAACCACCAAAUCUGUAAGCUCGGACAAAAAUGGAAGGCCUGAAAUUGGUGUAAUAGAUUUACCCUCGGUUAUAGCUCAGAUGUCAAUCGUUGACGUGAACACAUCAACACAGAGAGAAAUGUGCAUUGCGUCUAGCUAGCUAGCUAGCUAGCUGUGCGUGUUUCUCCAGACUCUGUUAGCAGGUAGGAGUUAUCUUCUGUCAAAACUGCCCCAGUUAUCUGCUGACCUUCAAUACAACAAGACAAAACAUAAGGUCAAAUAGGGUUAGGACAAAGGUGGCAAAUAGACUUGACAAUAGACUUGUGUGAUAUAGAUUUUCUUUUUCCUGCUCACGAUUUAUCAUUUAAAAAAUAAUAAUAAUGACGGAGAACAAGAAUUCGACCAUUUUUAAGUUUAAGGAGUGUGCGGUCAGGAACUGCUGUAGUGAUUCUGUAGUAAUGUGCAGCAAACAGUACACAAAAUAUAUAAAUAAACAACAUAACAGUACACCCGCUGCUCAGAGUGUUUAAACGUCAGCGUAUUUAAUCACUUUUUAAUUAUCAUUAUCGUUCAUAUUAUCUGUAAAGUGUUAGAUUUUGGUCCAAUUUUUAUAAUUAUUAUUUUUUUUAAUCAUAUUUGGUAAGUUUUUUGGUGGCAUAUGUAAAGUAUAUCAAACCGAUGUAAGCUAAAUCAAACUUAUACAUGGAUAAUUUUUAUUAACGGACCCACAGAAUUCUCCGUUUACCGUGUCCUGCGAGUCAUGUCUGAAUAUGAACAUGUGAGGAUCUAGGGAAGUGGGCGGGGCUUACAGGCAGGGUGAGUUAAUAUUAGAACGUUAAAAAAAAAAAAAAAACCUCCGUAACUGUCAACCAUUUCAGAUACAAAUACCGAUUGGUACGUUUGGCAUUUUUAUUGGGAAGUGUAGGAACCAAUAAAUCGUUAUCUCAGACAAGUCUAUUUCUUUUAGCAGAGUGUAAAAAGGCAUGUCCGUCUGUCCAGCGUCCACUGAGAAAAGGAAAGAAAAAUGCCUGGUUUUGAAUUAGACCAAGGAUUACACAGUGUGUGAGGAUACCAUUAGGGCCCAUUUGUUUCUAUAAAGGCCAAAUAAAUGGUUGCUUGCUGUGUGUUUGAGCAUCAAUGGCGGGGUUUGAGUGACAUUUUAAGACGUUUUAAUAGAUUUACAUGUUCAGUAUUUCAAUGCUUUGCUAUCAGAGUGUCUCCUGAGUGCUGAUUCACUGAAUGUUUGCCACUAGAUGCCAUGUUUCCAUCUACAGGAAGUCAAUUCCCCAUUGGCGCAGCGUGGACCAGUGGUGAUUUGCAUUCAUUUUUACUUGUAAAUGGACUCCAGAUCUAAGGAACACUGGGAUUGUUGCCUGUAAACAUGGAUAUUUUUAUUUUUUGUCACCCCGUGUGCCUGUGUGUUUGGACUCAACACAAUGAAUGUGGAUCUUGUACCUCACCAUUGGUGGAUUUUCUGGAUUUUAUUUAUUUUUUUUUGUUUUUUUUUUUUUUGUUUUUUUUUAAAAAAAAUCCUACUCUCCUGCACCACACCAACUUCAUUCUCGAAUGUCAAGGUCAGAGGUCAAUUCAAAGCCUGUCAGACUUUUAUUUGACCUUGACAUGCAAACUAAUUGGGAAGACGAUGCUUCAGCCUCGCUGCGAGAGACAUGGCACCCUCGAGGCGAUCAGUGACUCUGCACAAUGUUUGCAGACACUAAUUAAUUAACACACAGGACGUGUUUAUCUUGUACAUAGAGAGGAAAAAGUAUCACAUCGUUUGCUUCUUGAUACACACACACACACACACACACACACACACAGAUGGUGAACAGUAGGUUUUGCUCUGCAGAGACUGAUCUCAGAACAGCCGUGAGAGAAAUCUUCAGUAAUAUAUCCACAUUUUAAAGGUCGAUAUUUUUCUAUCUGCUCUCAUGACCUUUACAUCUCAUUGUGCUCAUUAGUUUUCAUAAUCCGUCCUUUUUGCUCGUCGAACGCGUGGAGCUUGACAGUGUAAAGAUUUUACGGAACACUCCGGGAAAAUAAGGUCUUGUCAUUUUAACAAUGUUCCACAUGGUGUCCACGCUCCCUGGUUUCAUUCUGCCGUGGUAUUUUCCUCCGACUCUCCCGGUCAACGUCGGUUCAGUCUCCUCUGCUGUGUUUUGCAAUUUUGAAAAGUCCUGGCAAUACACACCAAAAAAAAAACAAAAAAAAAAAACGAGAUAAAAAAAACAAAGAAAAAAUAUCUACAUGUACAAUAAGAGUAGCUUGUGUUGUGUUCCAAAGCUUCAUGUAUGAAUAAUGAGCUGUUGAUUUGAUAUUAUUGUUAAUGCUGUGGAAGUUUUACCCACAAUGCUCCAGU